AUGAAGAACGAUCACCGAUACGAUGCGAUACGAAAUCUGGAUGACCACUCGGAGUCGAGCACCGAAGUGGAGGACUGGGAGGCAGAGGGGCAGAUCAAGCCGAGACCACGGAGGAGGAAGACGUUCUGGAGGAAGCUGAAGGCAUACCGGUGGAUGAUCGAUACGGCUCUGCUCCUCAUCAUCUUUGGGCUGGUGGCGGAGAAGAGGUGGCAGUGGCAUAGAAGCCAUCGAUAUGAGCUGGCCGGAGACAUAUCCGGCUUUGCUCCGACGUUCUCGCAACAAAUCGUCAGCUUCAAGCCAGAUCCCGUAUUCGCACCGGAGAACGCUUCCGAGUUCUGGAGCAAAGAGACCCAGCACGCAUGGCUCAACAUAGUCCCAGAAGGUCUAGGCUACGUCAACGUCAAGAACCCCUCGCGCUACGACAACCUCCCGCACCCGAUUCACGACUACCCCAACCAAACCGUCUUCACCACCUCCGUUACGCACCAACUGCACUGCGUCUACACCAUCCUCGAAGCCUACAACACCCUCCAGCUCUCCUUCAACCCUUCAUUCUCACACCCAAUAAAGAUGCCGUGGCAUAUAAACCAUUGCUUCGAGUACAUACGGCAAGCCAUAAUGUGCACUGGGGACGUCGCACUGGAAGGCGCAGCGACAACGUUUCCCGGCGAUCCAAUAACAGGUGAGGACAGAGGCGGGAGCGACGGCUGGGACGCGAAGCACAUCUGCAAGGACUAUUCGCAGGUAUAUGAGUACUUGGAGCGGGAGACGAUAAACCACUACAAAUGGAUAUCUUCUGAUUAG